AUUUAGUAAUCGUCUUCUUUGUUGGGCGGCCUUAAUGCUUUGCUAAGGAAGGCGCGGCAGUUGCUGUUGGUGAGUCAUUUCCAUGUCAUUUCGGGCAACUGAAGUACCUACUAUGCCUUUCUUUCCAUUCUUAUGAAGCAAAUCUCUUCGUACUCCUCGAGGUCAAUACGUGUUACCUUGAACUCCAGUCAUUACAAAUCGUUUUAUCUCGAACAUGUUCGACAUCAUCAGAGACUCAAGUUUCGGACAACUUCUUCGCCUCAUUGCAAAAAACAAGAUUCUUCUCUUCUCAGACGAGCUACCAGAUUUCGAGCUGCCCUCACCAACUACAGAAGAGAAGGAGAUAGAACACCAGUCUGAAACAUCAACUAUCACGAACGACCGCCGAGGUUCAAGUGGAGAUAAGAUUGAUAGGGAUGAAGAUGAAGAGCUGGCAACGCGCCCCGACAUCGAACCCAUCGAAAGGACAAUCAGUCAACCAAUCCAUCCUAUAGUGGCAUCUGAUGGAAUCAUCCUUGUUGAUUGGUACACUACCGAUGAUCCCGGAAACCCUCAAAAUUACUCGACCCCCAAGAAGAUAUAUGUUUCUUUCAUUAUCGCACUGUAUACUUUUGCUGUGUACAUUGGCUCGUCGAUCUAUACUCCAGGGGAAGGUGAGGUCGAGGAGAGGUUCAAUGUGGGCCCAACAGCUGCAGCACUAGGGAUGAGCCUAUACGUUCUUGCAUAUGGUGUUGGACCAAUGCUUUGGUCUCCGCUCAGCGAAAUUCCUGUCAUAGGAAAGAAUCCUCCAUAUAUCUUUACAUUCGCCAUCUUUGUGAUUCUCACAAUCCCGACAGCAUUGACAGAGAGUUUCGCUGGCCUUUUGGUACUGCGCUUUUUGCUGGGUUUCUUUGGAUCGCCUUGCCUCGCAACUGCUGGCUCUUCUUUCCAAGAUAUAUGGCCUCUGAUCAAAAUACCUUAUCUCAUGAUCAUCUGGGCGGGGUUUGCAACUCUUGGUCCCGCUUUCGGCCCGGUGGUCGGUGGGUUCAGUAUUCAAGCUGAGAACUGGCGAUGGAGUCAAUGGGAGAUGCUCUGGUUAUCUGGCCCGGUUUUUCUUAUGAUGUUCUUCUCUUUACCAGAGACAUCAGCCGACACCAUCCUUCUGCAACGAGCUCGCCGUCUUCGAAAACUGCUCAACAAGUCCAAUCUCAAGUCGCAGUCGGAGAUUGAUCAAGCCCAUAUGACUGCUAGGGAGCGAGCAUUUGAUGCUUUGAUCAAACCUUGGGAGAUCAAUGCACUCGACCCUGCCGUUCUGUUCUCGACCUUCUACACCUCGCUUUUAUACGGUAUCUUCUACUCGUUCUUCGAAUCUACUCCGUUGGUCUUUCCUAAGAUAUACCAUUUCAAUCUUGGAGAGUCCGGACUUCCAUAUCUCUCGGCAUUAGUCGCAAUUGUUGUCAUUGGACCAGUGUAUGCUGCAUACUGGCACUACACCGUGGAGCGUCCCUUCGAAAAGAACGGAUUUGGGCCACAAGAAGAUAGGUUGGUUGUAGGCCUUGUUGGGAGCUGCAUGAUCCCAGUUGGAUUGUUUUUGUAUGCGUGGACAGCAAGGUCUGGGGUACACUGGAUAGCUCCUACAUUCGGAAUGGGAUUGAGCGUUGGAGGCACCUACCUCAUCAUCCAAAGUAUUUUCCUAUAUCUGCCCUUCACCUAUCCCAAAUACAGCGCUUCUCUCUUCGCUGCAAACGACCUGGCGCGAAGCACCUUAGCAGCAGGAGCUAUUCUCUUCUCUCGGCCACUCUUUACAAAUCUUGGGGUUGCUGGAGGAGUCAGCUUGCUUGGAGGAUUGACUAUUGUUUGUGCUUUCUUGUUGUAUUUACUGUAUAGGUAUGGCGCAAUACUUAGAGCCAAGAGUCGGUUUGCGGUGAAGGAUUAAGAUGCCAGUAUAUAUGUUCUUGGGUUUGGUGACAGUUACCACUGCAGACAAAGGAG